GUGAACUCUGUGCUUGGAGUCCACCCAGAUUGAGAAUCUUUGGAGUGCUGUAGAAUUGUUGUUGUCUGUUGUUUCUAAAUGGCUGCUUGCAAAGACUCGACAACUCCUUUCUCCCUGGAAUUGUACCAUGUUUCAGAGGAACUCGGCUUCAUUCUACCAGAGCCUCUGCAAAAGCUUCCACCUUACUACCAACCAUGGAUGGAUAUCGCCCACCAAGUCCCAGAGCUUGUUCUCGCACAUGAGUUACGCUCUCGUGUUAACAAGAUGCCUCAGCUGAGCACCCAGUUUCUGCAGAAACACCGCGAACUGCGACUGGCCCACCUGGCCCUCAGUGUUAUGACCAUGGGAUAUGUUUGGCAGGAGAGUGAGAAUGACACUGUUGAGAUGCUUCCUUGUACUCUGGCUGUCCCAUUCUGGGAGGUGUCCCAACGCUUAGGACUUCCUCCGAUUAUCACCCACGCUGAUGCGGUCCUGGCUAAUUGGCGGAAGAAGGAUCCAGAGGGCCCUUUCGACAUGGAGAACUUGGAGCUGCUGCUUAGCUUACCCGGUGGUGAAAGUGUGCGGGGCUUCUUCAUUGUCACUCUAAUGGUGGAGAUAGCAGCGAUUCCUGCUCUGAGGAACAUUCCUAAAGUGAUCAAUGGUGCCAGAUGCGGUGAUUCUAAAGCUGUGGCCACAGCCUUGGAGGAGAUCAGCCAAUCUAUAGAUAGCAUGGCUGUACGCCUCAAGCUAAUGCAAGUGCAUGUGGACCCGUCUGUCUUCUAUGGCAUCAUGAGGAUCUUCCUCUCUGGUUGGAAAGACAAUCCAUGUAUGCCAAAAGGUUUGGUUUAUGAGGGUGUCCAGACAGAACCAAUGGAGUACUCUGGUGGGAGCGCUGCACAAAGCAGCCUAUUGCACUGCUUUGAUGAACUUCUGGGAGUCAAACAUGAGGACAAAAGUGGCGCUUUUCUAACCCGCAUGAGGAACUACAUGUUACCUGCUCACAAACAACUGAUCCAGGACAUCUCGUUGCAACCCUCCCUGAGGACUUUUGUGCAGGAGCAGGCCAAUGAACACCUCACCGAGGCCUUUCAGAAAUGUGUAGCCAAACUGUUGGCUUUGCGAAGCUAUCACAUCACCAUCGUCACACGCUUUAUCACAAUUCCUGCCGCUAAGGCACGACAACUACGCAACCAAAGCCGGGACUCUGAGGCAGAGAUAAUCAGCAAGGCCCCCACAGCGCUGGAAGAACGGGGCACUGGAGGCACUGGCAUGAUGAGCUUCUUAAAGACUGUGAGGAAUCAAACAAGAGACGCCCUGCUGCCCAAGACAAGGAAAGAGAUGGAGCACCACAGCUGAUGUCGAGGUCAGCUACAUUCCAUAAAACAAGCAGUAAAUCACCUGAGAUUACUCACAUCGUGAAUGUGUAUGCCAUAAAAAGAUUACUUUUGGCAUAGUGAGAGUGAGAGAACCUUUUUUGCUUGGCACGCUUUGAGUUUUUGCCAGUAAACAAACCUAAACCGCAUUGACAUGAGUGAUAUUCAUUAUUUAGUCCAAACCAUAAUUCAAACCAUUGCUGCUACUUUCUAUUAAGUUCAACCACUAACUCCUUCUUUUAUUUGAAGGGGAAUCCAGAAAAUGCAUUGUCUUGUCCAGACCUAUGAAACUGGACUCAAUUUGGACACCAGAAAACAAAACAAACAAACAAACAAACAAAAAAAUAUAUAUACUAUGCUGUAAAUAAAAAUAAA